AUGACCGCCGUUGUGCAGACAUUCCCGGUCGAUCAAGACUGCUCCCGGCGCGCUCAGCAGCCAUCCUUCGUAGACAAGGAUGACCUCCGCACGACCUUCGCGCUCGCCAUGUCAGCCAUGUACAAAGCCGAAGUACCACUGUACGGGGACCUAGUCAGGAUCGUGCAAGAGGUGAACCAAGCCCGGAGCAGCAAAGACCUGCCCGUCGAAGAGAGACUGGACCUGGAAAGACACGGGGCGAUCCGGCUCGGAACGCCCCACGAGCUUCGAACUGUCCGGCGUGUCUUUGCCCAGAUCGGCCUGCAUCCUGUCGACUACUACGACCUAUCCGUGGCAGGACUCCCGAUGCACGCGACGGCGUUUCGGCCCAUCGAUCCCAAGGCCUUGAGCAAGAAUCCCUUCCGGAUCUUCACCACUCUUCUGCGCCCGGAGCUGCUCCGCCCCGAGCCUCGCCAGUUGGCACUGCAGCUGCUCGGCCGGCGCAACAUCUUCAGCGACGAGCUUGUGCUGCUGCUCGGCGUGGGAGAAGAGCAGGGAGGGUUCUUUCCGGAUCAAGCGGAACGAUUCAUCGCCGAAGCCAUGAAGACUUUUAAAUGGCAUUCCGUCGCCGCUGCCACGCAUGAAGACUACGAGAUCCUGGCCGCCGAGCACCCGAUCCUGGCUGACAUCACAUGCUUCAAUAGUGCUCAUAUUAACCACCUGACGCCUAGGACGCUGGAUAUCGAAAUGGCAGAAGCCAGAAUGAAGCAGGAGGGCCUUGCCGUCAAGUCAAGAAUCGAGGGUCCACCUGCUCGCCAGUAUGCCAUUCUGCUGCGCCAGACGAGCUUCCUGGCCUUGCGUGAGCAUAUCAGCUUCCCCGUCCGCGUGUCGACGGGCCUGGUCCCGGGCUCCCACAAGGCACGCUUUGGCGAGAUCGAGCAACGUGGAGCGGCAUUGACGGCCAAGGGCCGGCGACUGUACGACGAAAUCCUGUCCGAGGCGUUGCAACGGAUGGGAUCUGUAGAUGAGGGCAAGGAUCACGAAGAAGCUUAUAAGGAAGUCUUUGCAAAGUAUCCCGACGACUGGAAGGCGUUGCUGGAACAAGGGCUGGUGUUUUUUGAGUGCCGCUGCACACGCAGUGCUCGUGGCUGGACGUGGUCCGGUCCGGGUUCGGCUGUCCCGCUGUCUCGCCUGCUCGAGGCUGGCGUGGUCGAGACAGUUCCCAUCACCUACGAAGACUUCCUGCCCUUCUCUGCCGCAGGGAUCUUUCGCUCAAAUCUUCACUCGACAUCUGGAGACGAUGAUGCAGCUUUUGAACCGUUCGAGGACCGAGAGUCGUUGGAGUCUGCCCUUGGGUCCCCAAUAUCUGACUCUGCAUCACUGUACGCGCGUUUGCAAGCCGAGAGCCUUGCCAAAUGUGCCAAUGCUCUCGGAAUAGACGAGAUAAUCCUUGACAUUCUGUCCUGA